AUGACCGACGGCUACAUCGAGGAGCCCCUUGUCAACAAGUUCGCCAAUGCCAUCCCAAACCACGGUCUGCAUGGCACCGCCUCCGUCAUAAUUCUCUUUGGUUACCGACUUCGCUCUCCGUUCGAAUGCAAUGUGUCAGUUGGCAUGUCUGUAUUCGCCGUCGCCCCACACUGCGUUUUCCUCUUCCAUGAUGUGACAACUGGCCAGGUCUAUGUUUUCCAAGCUAAGGGAUCCUUUGCUAGCCUGCUCUCGGGGAAAUCUAGAUUCACGUCUUUUGGGCCGACAACACGAUGGGAAGACCUGACCCAGAUCACUUACGACGACUUAUCGGCCGUGAAAGUUCCCAAGCCUACCAGUCUCGGGAGAGACGUCGUGGCGCUUCCAGGGGGAAAAGAAUUUGACAUGUCCUCUAUCUACAACAAUACGGUGUCUCAAGAGGAGACUCUUGAGCUGUUGUCAGAUUACGCCGCUCUGGACGUGAUCCUACUUGCGGCCAAGACCCGUGGUAAAAGUUCCUCGAUCGAGUUGUGGUUGGAGACUGCCCGUCAAACUCACAAGAUGACCGAAGUGGCCACCUGGGGGCGAGAAGACAUCGACUCCCAGGGUAAGAAAACAAUCAUUCGUCUAUUACAGGCAGUAUCAGAGAAUCAAGCAUCAGACCAGCAGCCCGAGGAUCUUUGGCACCAUCUUGCGACCUCAAGGUCUCAGGAGACCGCGAACUUACCCCAAACCCAUGGCAAAUCUGCACACUUUGAAACGGAUACUCUCAGGUUAAAGCUUCGACUUCAUCAUGUGCAGAAUUGGAGUUGUUUCGAAGCAAGGGUCAACGCCCACUGGGAGCUUGCCUGCAAACUCGAAGAAACGUUAGCCGAGGUGCUGUCGACGGUAGGAUUCUACAGCUAUCAAGAACCAGUGACCCCAGCGAUACUUACUCCAAUGUCUUCCGCGACACUAGAUUCGCCUGUCGCUCAGGAAGGGCCAAGACAAAGCCCGCUAGGGCAUCACUGGCCAACCGCUGAUGGUAGGCGACAAUACACGGACCUGCUGUUCCUUCCUGGUUUCAAGGGUCAGCGCAGCUCAAAACCUGGCAUCCAGUUUGCGCUGUACGACACCUGCUCAAUCUGCAAAGAGCCCAACUCGAUCCAGACCCUACUGCUGCGGGCCAGCCCAGAGGAGGCAGAAACAGAGCAUCUUCCAAAACCCGGCCAGCGUGCUGGCCACAAGUACCCCUUCGUCCUCGGAAACUAUCCAGAGACAGAUGUCAUACUUCCCAUCACGUGCUGCGAUGCUUGUGCAUUCCUACUCCUCCAGGCAGGCGAGCUGCCCAAUGGCGACCGCGUCACUAUAGCCUUGCCUUUAGUGUCACUCCAGAUUCGGGAGAACCGGAACCUGUGGGAGGGGAAAUUGGGAGAAGUGUACGGUCACCGCUUUCACCAGAAGAUCGUAUUCCUUGUCUUUCUCUCCACACUCUGCGCAACACUCGAGGAUCUGAUCGACAAUGCGGGGCCAUCGGACUCUCAGAGCCUAAGAAGAAGCCUGGAAUGGUGCUGCAGGGAGUUAUCCCAGCUCUCAGGGAUAUCUGCUCGAGCCGGACUUGCGCCAGUAGGAAGCCCGCUAGCUGGCGUGGUGAAUGACAACAUGCCCCUGCAGGAAGCUAUUCAGGUCUCGUUCUGCUCGUCUCAUCCUCUUGUUCAGGAGAACCCCUUGCUCUCGUACCCUAUGGAUGGCUUCCUAGUCCUUGUCCGUUUAGCGGGAUUAAUGCAAGGCAUCGAGCCUAGAUACAUUGAGCGGUUUGUCUGGAGGCGCCUUCUGUACCAUUUCGCCGAGCAGCAUGCAGAGCUGCAAAAACAAGUCGGCGCUAAAGAGGCAAAAGCCACACUGGACGAUUUAAUCCACGAGCCUCCAGCAGCCAUGGGGGCAGUAGCCGAGGCGGAGUCCGGGGCAUCGCCAGAGGGGUCAGGGACUCUCACCAGCCGGAUCCGACUUUAUAUCAUCCCGCUCUCAUCCCUAGAGGGCACCUACCUCAUUCCUUCGUCUUCUGACACCCUCGAGCAGUUUGAGCGCAUGGAAGAGUACUUCUUCACCAUCCAGGAGACUACCAAACACCACCCUGCACUAGCCGUCUUCCUCCACAUCAUGGCCACGAUGGCUGAUGGCUCCUCUUUGAUCACGGACGUGGGGGACUUUUUCAAUAGGAUACAGUAUAGAAUAGGUCAGCUGGCGAACAAGCACAAAGACUUGUGCCAUGCUUUUGAGCCUACAGUAUCAGUCGAUGAGGUUGUCGCCGUGAGAUUGAUUGCGGCCGUUUAUGAGCCAGCUAAGGAUGUAUCGUUUUAG